AUGAUCAAGUUCACGCUGCCCACGGCCCUCGGCCUCCUCAGCGCCCUCGCACCAUGGCCCUCCACGGCCAUCAACGGCGGCCAAAUCGUCCCCUUCGGCACGUUCCCCUACAUCGUCAGCAUGCACCGGCAACACACGCAGAUCGGGCAGGCAACCCCGGUCGCCCCCGGCAAGACCCGCGACCGAGACCGCUGCACCGGCGUGCUCAUCACCAAAAACCUCGUCCUCACCGCCGCCAUCUGCAUCCCGAACCAGAGGAUCGGCCAGACCAUGGUGACGCUCAACGCCACGGUGCAGAGGCGCCCGAAGAAGUACGGCAACGUGGUGCAGCUCAAGGACUACUUCUUCCCGCACGAGUACCUCAAGGGCGACGGCGAGUACGACAUCGCCAUCUUCGAGGUCCAGGACACGCACAACGUGACGCAGUUCGCCAAGCUACCCUCGAGGGGCCAGGUCCCGAGGGAGGGCGAGCUGGCCAUGAUCCUGGGCGCCGGCAUGGUGCUGUGGUUUCCCAUCCCGGACGUGCCCGUCAAGAACCUGACCGUGCCCGUCAUCAGCCUCGAGAGCUGCAGGGCGCGCAUGGCCGACGUCCAGAUCGUCGGCACCGACAAGUUCUGCACCCGGCAGUGCUACGACUCGGACUACUACGGCCUGUGCGAGGGCGAUUGGGGCGGCCCGGUCCUGAUCAACGACACCGUCGUCGGCGUCAUCGCCGAGUCGCCCACGUGUACCAAGAGGUAUCGGCCGUGUUUUCCCGGCGUCAUGACCCUCGUCGCCGAGCAUCUCACCUUUAUCGAGCAAAUGAUGUCCAUCUAUGCUGAUUCCUUCAUAAACGACGGCCACCUGUGGACCAAGAGGCCCUUUUCCAAGACGGAAGGCGAUCUCCGUUGGUGA